AUCUUGCUCAGAAUCAAGUUGUGUUCUUAUGAACUUUUUUUAAUAACUAAUAAACAUCUUCAGUUCUUUGCUAUUUAAAUUGUAAAAUAAUUAAGAUGUAUAGAGUCGUUCUGUUAGUAACUUUGUCAAUACUUAGUAUUGAAGCUACAAAUCCUUCGGAUAAAGAAUCGAAGAUUGUCGAAUAUAAGAAUGAUAACGACGGCCUCGGAAACUACUUUUUCAGAUAUGUAACAUCAAACGGUAUAACAAGACAAGAAACUGCACGACUCAUUAAUUCCGGUCAGUCCGACGAGCACAUUGCUGUAGAAGGAUUCUAUUCAUAUAAGGAUGUCGAUGGAGUCUUAUACACAGUAUAUUAUAAAGCUGAUACUAAUGGUUACCAAACUACUACAACAUCUAGACCAAGAUUAGAUGAGGGCUUUUUGAAGCCACCGAUACCUGGAGUCCCAGAUUCUGUUGUUGCGUCUUUAUUGGGAAAAUAAAAGAUUCGGCGGCAGUUCACUACACUAACUUAAUUAACUCGAAGUUGACUAAUAAUUAAAAAAUACCAUUUAAAUAAUGUCUAUAAAUUGCAAUUUUUCAUUGUAAUA